UGACAUGCGCGUUCUAUCAUCACAUGACGUGACAAAGACCGUGCUGGACCACCAAUUUGCUCGUGAUCAGUCCUUCUUCGCCAUCGUCUAUCCACAAACUUAAUGGCACGAGGUCGAGGCACUUUUGGACUAACGUCCAGUGGUAGAGGCCGCGGAUACAGAGGCAGCACUCGUGGAAACACAUACUUUCGUGGUCGUGGACGAGGUCGCGGUCGCGGCGGGUCGAACACAGCAGGUGAUGGUCCUGCCCCGCAGCGGGAAGACGAUGGAACGCAACUUGAAGAACGUUUUGAACGGGUUCGAGAGAGCGACGAGGUUGAUGAGAAGCUGGGAUUUGUGAGAGUGCAAGAGGGCGCGAGGAGGGAGGGCUGGUUAAUUAACAUGCAUCCCACUCUAAUAAAGGAUGCGGACUACCCGGGUGGAAAGGCGGCAGUCGAUUUUUACUUCAUUCAAGAUGACGGAGGAAUGUUCAAGUGCACGAUGCAGUACGAGCCUUACUUCCACAUAGCAUGCAAGACUGGAUCAGAGUCUUCUGUUGAAGAGUGGCUACAGAAGCGAUUCGAAGGCUUGAUUGUACGGAUCGUGCGGGAGAAGAAAGAAGACCUGAAGCUGCCCAACCACCUCAUGGGCCAUCGCCGUCUGUACCUACAGUUAUGCUUUCGAAAUGUGAGUGACCUCCUGGCCGUGCGACGGGACGUAGCCCCACUUGCACUUGCAAAUGGCGCAAAGCGAGACGCGAUUGACGCGUAUGCCGAAGUUGUAGCGGCAGCGAGCACGAGCGUCGAGAUCGAAGGCGAGUGGGCGGAGAUCAGCAGAAGCGGCGCGACAAACUACAGAGACCGAGACGCACCGUCAUGCAUCGUGGAUAUCCGCGAGUUUGACGUGCCGUACUACUUGCGAGUUGCCAUUGACAACGAGAUGCGAGUGGGACUGUGGUAUGGAAUCACGUUUAUGGCUGGACAGCCUUCGUUUUUGCAGUUGACAGAGAGGGUGAAACGCGCGGACCCCGUAGUGAUGGCCUUCGAUAUCGAGACCACGAAGGCGCCGCUGAAGUUCCCGGAUGCGGCGGUGGAUCAGGUGAUGAUGAUUUCAUACAUGGUGGAUGGUCAGGGGUUCUUGAUAACGAACCGGGAGAUAGUAAGCGAGGAUAUUGAUGACUUUGAGUAUACGCCGAAGGAGGGAUACGAAGGCCCAUUCAUAAUCUUUAACGAGAAGGACGAGGCAGCUACUAUAAUGCGUUUUUUCAACCAUAUCCGGGAUGUGAAACCUACGGUGAUGGCAACAUUCAAUGGCGACUUCUUCGAUUUUCCGUUCCUCUGUGAACGCUCCAAGGCAAAUGGAUUGGACAUGUUCUUGCUGACGGGAUUCGCCAAGGAUAACGAGGAUGAGUUCAAGUCCCGCGGAUGCGUGCACAUGGAUUGCUUCAGGUGGGUGAAGCGGGACUCGUAUUUACCACAGGGAAGCCAGGGCUUGAAAGCAGUCACAACGGCCAAGCUUGGGUACAACCCAAUCGAACUUGAUCCAGAGUUGAUGACACCCUAUGCGAUGGAGCAACCACAGGUCCUUGCGCAGUACUCCGUCUCCGAUGCAGUAGCAACGUACUACUUGUACAUGAAAUACGUACACCCCUUCAUUUUCUCACUAUGUAACAUCAUUCCGCUCUGUCCGGACGAGGUCUUGCGAAAAGGAAGUGGUACGCUUUGUGAGACGCUCCUAAUGGUUGAGGCGUACCGUGGGCACAUCAUCAUGCCAAACCGCCACGAGGACGCGCAUCUGAACAUGUUCGAGGGCCACCUACUUGCAUCAGAGACCUAUGUCGGAGGUCACGUCGAAGCACUCGAAGCUGGCGUAUUCCGCAGCGAUAUUCUUACGGAUUUCAAGAUCGUGCCCGCAGCCGUACAACAACUCAUCGACGACCUUGAUGCUGCACUCACCUUCUGCAUCACCGAGGAGUCCAAAUCCUCCCUGGAAGAUGUGACCAACUAUGACGAGGUCAAGUCGCAAAUACAGUCGGCCCUCGAAGCAUUACGCGAUACCCCAAAGCGCACGGACAAGCCACUAAUUUACCACUUGGAUGUUGCAGCGAUGUACCCCAACAUCAUGCUUUCAAACCGCUUGCAGCCAGAUUCGAUGGUUGAUGAGUCUGUAUGCGCGGUGUGCGACUUCAACCGUCCCGGAAAGACAUGCGAUCGACGGCUCGAGUGGGCAUGGAGGGGAGAAUUCUUCCCUGCGAGGAGGGACGAGUAUAACAUGAUUAGGCACGCACUGAAUCAGGAGAUUUUUCCCCCAAAGAGGGCUGGGGGCCCGCAGAGACGGUUCCCAGACUUGACGGAUGCGGAGCAGACUGCAUUGUUGCAUAAACGCUUGGGUGACUACUCUCGGAAGGUGUACAAGAAGAUCAAGGACACGAAGGUGGAGACAAGGGAAUCGAUCGUGUGUCAGCGGGAGAAUCCCUUCUAUGUCGACACAGUGCGACGUUUCCGUGACCGUCGGUAUGAGUACAAGGGGUUGCAUAAAAUCUGGAAGAAGAAUUUGGACACCGUGGUUAGCGAAGGACGCUCGAUCGCAGAGGUCGAUGAGGCAAAGAAGAUGAUUGUACUCUACGACUCCCUGCAGCUUGCGCACAAAUGUAUCCUUAACUCGUUCUACGGGUACGUGAUGCGCAAGGGUGCGCGAUGGCACUCCAUGGAGAUGGCAGGAAUUACCUGUCUCACAGGCGCAACGAUCAUCCAGAUGGCGCGCGCGCUCGUCGAGCAGAUCGGUCGCCCGCUGGAGCUUGAUACGGAUGGAAUUUGGUGUAUGCUUCCUGGUGUCUUCCCAGAGAACUUCAAAUUCAAAUUGAACAACGGGAAAGCCAUCGGGUUCUCGUACCCGUGUACGAUGCUUAAUCACCUUGUGUAUGCCCGCUUCACCAACCACCAGUACCACGACCUGAACGCCUCCACCGGGGAAUACGUCGUGCACAGCGAAAACUCCAUUUUCUUCGAACUAGAUGGGCCGUAUAAAGCUAUGAUUCUCCCAUCGUCGAAGGAGGAGGAUAAGCUGUUGAAGAAGCGGUAUGCCGUCUUUAACGAUGAUGGGUCGCUUGCGGAGCUGAAGGGGUUCGAGGUGAAGCGCCGGGGAGAGCUCCAGUUGAUCAAAAUCUUCCAGUCACAGAUCUUCGAGAAAUUUCUUCUGGGAACGACGACGGAGGAAUGCUAUGGUGCAGUUGCGCAGGUUGCGAAUCAGUGGCUCGAUAUCCUUUAUAGCAAAGCUGACACACUGACCGACGAGGAGCUCGUCGAACUCAUUGCCGAGAACCGUAGCAUGUCCAAGACGUUGGCGGAGUAUGGAGGACAGAAAUCGACCUCUAUCAGCACCGCUAAACGACUUGCUGAGUUCCUUGGUGACCAGAUGGUCAAGGACAAAGGUCUUGCCUGCAAGUUUAUCAUCUCUGCGAGACCCAGCGGAGCGCCGGUCACGGAGCGGGCAGUUCCUGUUGCUAUAUUCUCAGCAGAAGAGAGUGUCAAGCGCGCUUACUUGCGUAAAUGGCUCAAAGACCACAGCCUCUGUAAUUUCGACCUCAGAUCCAUCCUCGACUGGGAGUACUACGUGGAGCGUUUGGGAUCAGUCAUCCAGAAGCUUAUUACCAUCCCUGCCGCGAUGCAGAAAGUCUCUAAUCCUGUUCCUCGUAUUCGCCACCCUGACUGGCUGCACCGCCGUGUUGCAGGUGCUGUUGACAAGUUCAAGCAGAACAAAGUUACCGACUUUUUCACGCGUGCUACUGCGGACUCGCAGUCCCAGGCUCGGACACAGAGUGCAAUAGUUGACGCGGAAUUGGAUAUGGAGGAUUUCGGACAAGAUAAGACCUCGGAACGCCCGCGCAUUGCUAUUGUCAAUCGGAGGUCCCGUAAACGGACGCCUGAGCCCGACGAAGAAGUAUCAGAUGACGAAGCUCCGCUUCCUGAUCCUACGAUCAGCUAUUCCGCGUGGAUCAGGGCCAUCAGACCACGCUGGAAGAAACAGCGAAAUGCUCGCUUGGGAAACGCUGGUGACGCUAUCGUGCCUUCCAUAUUUAAAGGUACUCGCGUUCGCACAACACAGCGAUGGGACAUUGUGCAAAUCCGUCCCAGCAAGAUUCCCGGGCGAUUCACCCUAUGGGUAUCUGUCGAUGCCCAACUGGUGCCUGUGCCACUGCGCAUUCCUCGCGAAUUUUACUUACACCUGAAGACACCGCCUCGUGACAGCUUAUUUCAACCAGAGUACUAUGCCUCUGAGAAGGUUGUCCGCCACCUUCCUCGUGACAUUCUCUGUUCCAAUCUCUAUCGGAUUUCUGUCAAGGAGGACGUUUAUCAGGAAAUUCAAGAGCAUUUCAUGGACCUUAUGAAUGAUCCGAACGUCGAUGGCGUCUUUGAGCGGCAGGUUUCACUAGAGAUGCGUGCCCUCCUCAAACUAGGCAAGACAUGUACUGUGGACGAACUCGGCAUGACUCUGAACCGUGCUCAAAGCACCGGCGUUGAUUUCGCCUCCCUUACUCGUAGAAUAUACCUGGAUGGCGGUCGUUCGGGGAAUACAUCGCAUGUCCACGUGUUUGCGAUGUUCAUGCCCAACGGUGCCGUCAAACUUCACCUUGUUGAUCCCGCCCCCCGUCGACAACAAAUCCCCCGCCUUCAAGAGUUGUACAAAGAUCUGUCGGCAAAGCGACAAUCCAAGUAUGGAAACUGUUCGCUCGACUAUCCCACCUCAUGCGACUUCAAUACCACAUACCACAACAAGGAUACGACAGCCCUCAAAUCCAUCUCCAGAGAACUCGGACUCCUGGAAAAUAUGUCGUACACUGUCGUGAUUUCCUCUAUCAAGGAUCAAAUUUACUUUGACACAUGGGUUCCAAAACUUUCAAAAUUCCCUGUUCUUUCAAUGUCAAAAGCGAAAGCAGUCCACACACUCAAUGUCUUCCCCUGGCAACCUGACGUCGCCCUAAAGAUGGUUCAGCGGUACCUGUCACUAGGAACCUGGCUGGAUCGUUCAAUCGCCCUAGCGGAUUAUUAUGAUGUCCCUAUAGGUCACAUCGACGGUGAUCAGCCGCUGUUGUUAUCGGAUAUCAGCUUCGCCCGGCGACUGAUUCAGCAGGACAUUGUCCUUUGGUGGUCGCCGUCGGAACGUCCAGAUCUUGGUGGAAUCGAGGAUGAUAAUAGACCAACCGAGGACGUGCAGCACACAGAGUUUACAUCGCCUGGAUGCUAUUCCAACGUGUGUUUAGAAGUCACUGUUCGCAAUUUGGCAGUGAACUCUAUCCUUCAUUCUGUCGCUGUCAAUGAGCUUGAAGGAAGUGGCGGAGCAACUGCAUUUGAUUCCGUGUCCCGGACACUGGAUGAGUUCUCCGGAGGCGAGGCUCAGCGCGACCUUACCCUUGGAGAAUCAAAUAUCUCAAGUCUCACUUUCGGUAUCCUCAAGUCGAUGGUCAAGACAUGGUUACUUGACAAAGUCAAAGGAAAUUUUGAAAGCCCGGCCACGCUAGCAAUUGAUCACUUCUGGCGCUGGAUCAGCACAAGUGCUUCCCAUCUUCAUGACCCAAAUAUUUAUCGCUUCGUUUAUGGGCUCAUGAGGAAAACGUUCAUCCAGAUGCUGGCUGAAUUCAAGCGACUCGGAUCUCACGUUAUCCACGCGGACUUCAGCCGGAUUUUGCUAGCGACGUCGAAGCCUCCAGGCACCGCUCACGCAUAUGCUACCUACAUAACCACAGCAGUGACAUCACACGAACUCUUCGAACAUAUGUACCUCAAAACAGAGCGGUUUUACGACUUCCUUCUCUUCAUGGACUCUGCGAACAUGGGGGGGAUCGUGUGUGAAGACCCGCUGGCUGUCGACCCCCCAGAGGAGCUCACCAUCGAGACUCGGUGGAAUAUUCAGACUUUCCUACCGCCUGCGAUCCAAGACGAUUUUGGUGCCGUCAUCCAAUUCUUCAUCAUUGAGCUUUUCAAGAUUCGGCAGAAGCAUAACGAAGGUUCAAGAGCACCCUUCCGAGUGCUUCAGAAUCUGGCCCCCGAGCUUACCCAGCCUGACCCGAACAAAAUCAACGAGGUUGAAGCGACACGGGAGUUUAUCGCCAGAAAACUCACACGCAAGUUGCUUCGGUUGGUUGGUACUAUCCAAGUCAAGCAAAGAGAUGCCUCCGUGGACGAAGAACUGAACACUCAGUUCCAGUUCCCUGUCCUCCCUGGUUCGCAUCUCAACAUGACAAAUGCGCUUCUCGAAUUCAUCAAAUCAUCUAUUGGUUUGCUCAAACGUAACCUCCUCGACCUUGCUGGUGUGCGCGAGUUUGCCAAUGAAGCCCUUUUUCGCAACCCAUGCGAGCCGCUCAAACUGUCUAAUGUUCCUUGCCGGCAUUGCGAUACACUUCGUGACUUCGACUUCUGCCGUGAUCCAGAACUCAUGCCAUACGGUCUUGAUGGUGCUAGACCACGCUGGAUCUGUGGGGGUUGCGGAGGAGAAUACGACCGUAUUGCGAUUGAGAUGGAGUUGGUCAGACUAGUUGGAUCACUUGAAAGAGCUUUCACGCAACAAGACAUGCGCUGCGGCAAGUGCAAGCAAGUUCGCUCGGACAACGUGUCGCGAUAUUGUCAUUGCUCUGGACCAUACCAGCUAGUCCUCAGCAAACCUGAAUUCAGGAGAAGGUUACGCACAAUUGUGAAUGUAGCAAUUGUUCACAAUCUCUCCAGACUUAGAGAAUGUGCUCGAAGGACGCUUGAAAGUUGGUGAUCUGCAUGUAUUCAAUUGCUUCUUGUAGCUUUAGUCGGAGUAUGUAACACUAUGCUAUCAUGGGUCUUUGGUCCUUUGAACUUCA